CCCCGGGAGCCCCUCGCUGCCGCCCGGAGACGGUGGCCGAGCGGGCGGGCGCGUAAUUCUCCCGGAAGGGCUAUUCUCUCGCUCCGUUCUCAUUUUGGGGGGAGUCAGCGAGACUGCUCCUUUCGGGGCGCCUCGGUUGGGUUAACGGCAUGGAGAACAGCCACCCCCCCCACCACCACCAGCAGCCCCCGCCGCAGCCCGGCCCUUCGGGCGAGAGGAGGAACCACCAUUGGAGAAGUUACAAGUUGAUGAUUGACCCGGCUCUGAAGAAGGGGCACCAUAAACUGUACCGCUACGAUGGGCAGCAUUUCAGCCUGGCGAUGUCCAGCAACCGCCCGGUGGAGAUCGUCGAAGAUCCCCGGGUCGUUGGGAUCUGGACCAAAAACAAGGAGUUGGAGCUGUCGGUGCCCAAAUUCAAGAUCGAUGAGUUCUACGUGGGCCCAGUGCCUCCCAAGCAGGUGACAUUUGCCAAGCUGAAUGACAACAUCCGGGAAAACUUCCUGCGGGACAUGUGCAAGAAGUAUGGGGAGGUGGAGGAGGUGGAGAUUUUGUACAACCCCAAGACCAAGAAGCACCUGGGCAUUGCCAAGGUGGUCUUUGCCACAGUCAGGGGAGCCAAGGAGGCUGUCCAGCACCUGCAUAGCACUUCUGUCAUGGGCAACACCAUCCACGUGGAGCUGGACACCAAAGGUGAAACUCGCAUGCGCUUCUAUGAGCUGCUGGUCACUGGCAGAUACACCCCCCAGACCCUCCCUGUGGGUGAGCUGGAUGCUGUAUCUCCACUGGUGAAUGAGACCCUGCAGCUGUCAGAUGCCCUGAAGCGCCUCAAAGAUGGCACCCUGUCUGCAGGCUGUGGCUCAGGCUCAUCCUCUGUCACCCCCAAUAGUGGCGGGACCCCUUUCUCCCAGGACACAGCCUACUCCAGCUGCCGCCUGGACACGCCCAAUUCCUACGGACAGGGCACGCCGCUCACACCCCGCCUGGGUACCCCCUUCUCACAGGACUCCAGCUACUCCAGCCGCCAGCCCACACCCUCCUACCUCUUCAGCCAGGACCCUACCACCACCUUCAAGCCGCGGCGCCACGACAGCAAGUUCACCGAUGCCUACAACCGCCGCCACGAGCAUCAUUACGUCCACAAUUCCUCUGCAGUGGCAGGCGCCCCGGCUCCCUUCCGGGGCUCCUCGGACCUGCCCUUUGGGCCCAUGGGUGGCAGCGGCGGCACCGGGGGCCCUCCCUUCAAGGCCCAGCCGCAGGAUCCUGCUGCAUUCGCGCACACUCCUCCGCCUGCCCAAGCAGCCUCUGCGCCUGGAUUCAAAUCCGCUUUCUCUCCAUACCAGACCCCAGCGCCCCCCUUCCCCCCGCCCCCAGAGGAGCCCACCCCCGCUGCAUUUGGGGUCCACGAUGGCGGGGACUUCCGGAGGGCACCUGCGCCCCCACCCCUGCCGCCCUCUGAGCCCUUGGCCAAGGAGAAGCCGGGCACCCCGCCGGGCCCACCGCCCCCGGACACCAACAGCAUGGAGCUGGGUGGCAGGCCCACCUUUGGCUGGAGCCCCGAGCCCUGCGACAGCCCGGGCACGCCCACCCUAGAGUCGUCGCCCGCGGGCCCGGAGAAGCCCCAUGACAGCCUGGACUCGCGAAUCGAGAUGCUGCUGAAGGAGCAGCGCACCAAGUUGCCCUUCCUGCGUGAGCAGGACUCGGACACGGAGCUGCAGAUGGAGGGAAGCCCCAUCUCCUCCUCCUCCUCCCAGCUCUCCCCGCUCGCCCCCUUCAGCACCAACUCCCAGCUGGGCUUCCGAGGCCCCACCCCGCCCUCCUCACGCCCCUCCAGCACGGGCCUAGAAGACAUCAGCCCAACACCACUGCCGGACUCCGAUGAGGACGAAGAGCUGGACCUGGGUCUGGGCCCGCGACCCCCACCAGAGCCAGGCCCCCCAGACCCUGCCACUCUACUGGGCCAGACUGCCGAGGCAGCCUUGGACCUGGCUGGAGACAGAACCCCCAUCUCAGAGAAGAUGGAUGAGGGUCAGCCCUCCUCUGGUGAGGACAUGGAGAUCUCGGAUGAUGAGAUGCCCUCCGCUCCGAUCACCAGCGCCGACUGCCCCAAGCCCAUGGUGGUGACGCCAGGGGCAGCAGCUGUGGCAGGCCCUAAUGUGCUGGCCCCCAAUUUGCCACUGCCCCCACCACCUGGCUUCCCACCGCUGCCUCCACCCCCCCCUCCACCUCCACCCCAACCAGGCUUCCCCAUGCCCCCCCCUCUGCCCCCACCCCCACCCCCACCCCCUCCAUCCCACCCUGCUGUGACAGUGCCCCCACCACCCCUGCCAGCACCACCUGGCGUCCCGCCCCCACCCAUCCUGCCACCAUUGCCACCCUUCCCUCCAGGACUGUUUCCUGUGAUGCAAGUGGACAUGAGCCACGUGCUGGGCAGCCAGUGGGGUGGCAUGCCCAUGUCCUUCCAGAUGCAGACACAGAUGCUGAGCAGACUGAUGACUGGCCAGGGUGCUUGCCCGUACCCACCCUUCAUGGCAGCAGCGGCUGCGGCCGCUUCAGCUGGGCUACAGUUUGUCAACUUGCCGCCCUACCGGGGCCCUUUCUCCCUGAACAACAGUGGCCCAGGCCGCGGGCAGCCCUGGCCACCCCUGCCCAAGUUUGACCCAUCAGUGCCACCACCAGGCUAUGUGCCACGGCAGGAGGACCCACACAAGGCCACGGUGGAUGGCGUCCUGCUGGUGGUACUUAAGGAGCUCAAGGCCAUCAUGAAACGUGAUCUGAACCGCAAGAUGGUGGAGGUGGUAGCCUUCCGGGCCUUUGACGAAUGGUGGGACAAGAAGGAGAGGAUGGCCAAGGCCUCGCUGACCCCCGUGAAGUCAGGAGAACACAAGGAUGAGGACCGGCCAAAGCCCAAGGACCGAAUUGCCUCCUGCUUGCUGGAGUCCUGGGGCAAGGGCGAGGGCCUGGGCUAUGAGGGCCUGGGCCUGGGCAUUGGGCUGCGAGGGGCCAUUCGCCUGCCCUCCUUCAAGGUCAAGAGAAAGGAACCACCCGAUGCAGCCUCCUCUGGUGACCAGAAACGGCUGCGGCCCUCCACAUCCGUAGAUGAGGAAGACGAAGAGUCAGAGCGCGAGCGGGACCGAGACAUGGCGGAUGCCCCCUGCGAGCUUGCCAAGAGGGACCCCAAGGGCGUGGGUGUGCGGCGCCGGCCGGCUCGGCCCCUGGAGCUGGACAGCGGCGGGGAAGAGGACGAGAAGGAGUCCCUGUCAGCGUCCUCAUCCUCGUCGGCAUCCUCAUCCUCAGGGUCCUCCUCCACGUCCCCUUCCUCCUCUGCCUCUGAGAAGGAGGAGGAGCAGGAAAGCACAGAGGAGGAGGAGGAGGAGGAGGAAGAGGAGGAGGAGGAUGGGGGCGAAGCAGAUGAGGAGGAGGAAGAAGACCGCAGGAGUCAGAUCUCCUCCUCCUCCUCCACCUCCUCCACCUCCGAUAAGGAUGAAGAUGAUGAAGACAGCGAUGCACGGGAUGAGUCUGACAAUGAAGAUCAGGAUACGGCCCUGUCAGAGGCGAGCGGGAAAGACAGAAGGGAUUCGGAUGGAGAGGAGACGGUGAGCGUGGGCAGCUCCAGGGCCACAGCCAACUCGUCCAGCGAGAGCUCUGAGGCUUCUGAGUUUGAGUCAAGCUCCAGUUCCGAGUCUGAGUCUGAAUCUUCGUCCUCGGAGGAUGAAGAGGAGAUGGCCACGGGGAAAGAGGACGAGGAAGAAGAGGAAGGGGAGGAGGAGGAGGAGGAGGAGGAAGCGGAGGAGGAGGAGGAGGAGGAGGAGGCAGAGGAGGAGGAGGAAGUGGUGGCCCCGGCAACAGCAGCAGUGACAGAGGAGAACAUGGCUCCUGCAGAGGCCAAGGACCUUGAGCAGGAUGGGGCAGAGGCACCUCUGAGCACCCCAGGGGCGCCUGUGGUGGAGCCGGCAGGCACAGAAGAGGAGGUGGACAUUGAGGCUGAGGAUGAAGCCCUCCGGGACCAGACCCCCAUUCAAGAGGAGCCCCCCUUACCUGUGGGUGCUGAGGAGCCUGGGGGGUGCCAGGAACUCCCGGAAGAGCCAGGCCUAAGCCAGGAAGAGGCCAUGUUGCUGUCUCCAGAGCUAUCUCCUACCAGAGAUACGGAGGCUCAGCCCUCCUUGUCCCCGGAACACGUUUCAGAGGACGCCCUGGAUGCAGAGCCGGAGCGCCCUCCGAUGCCGGCCCUGGCCCCCCAGCCUCCGCUGCCACCCCCCCAGCCACCCCGGCCCCCCAGCCCGCCGCCUGAGCCCGAGGCCCCGCGGCCUCCGCCGCCCCCUGCCCCGCUGGAGCCCCCCGAGGACCCGCCCCCUCGCACACCGGGCCUCGCCAAGUCCCAGAGCACAGAGACGGUGCCCGCCACGCCGGAGCCCCUGUCGGGGGGCAGCGGGGGGCUGUCACUCAGCUCUCCACCGGUGCCUGGUAGCCCCUUCUCCUACCCGUCCCCGUCCCCAGGCCUGAGUGGCGGUGGCCUCCCGCGGACUCCGGGCCGGGACUUCAGCUUCCCGCCCGCCUUCCCCGAGCCUGGGGCGCCUCUGUUGCUGCCCGUGUGUCCGCUGCCUGCCGGCCGGCGCGAAGAGCGCGUGCGCCCGCUGGCCUCGCCGCUGGCCUCCCCGGUGCUCCUGGAGGCCGGGCUGCCCCUGCCGCUGCCGCUGCCCCUGCCGCUACCCCUGGCGCUGCCCGUCCCCGUGCUGCGGGCGCCGGCCCGGGCGCCCCCCACGCUGCCCCCGCUGCUGCCCGCACCCCUGGCCCCCUGCCCGCCCCCCAUCAAGCGGAAGCCGGGCCGGCCCCGGCGCUCCCCGCCGUCCGUGCUCGCCCUGGACGGCACCACCCUGGGGCGCGACCUCCUGCUCCUGCCAGGCCAGCCGCAGACCCCGCUCUUCCCUGGCGCCGCCCGGGACCCCCGCGCCCUGACCCUGGACUUCCGGAACACAGGGGUCCCUGCGCCUCCGCCGCCCCCGCCCCCGCCGCCGCCCCUGCCGGCCGAGCCCCCCAAGUUGCCCUUCAAGGAGCUGGACAACCAGUGGCCAUCCGAGGCCAUCCCGCCCGGGCCCCGCGGCCGCGACGACGGCAACGCCGAGGGGCUUCUGGACCCGGCCAAGGCGCGGGUGCCCUGGCGCCGGCCCCCGCGGAAGCGCCCCGAGGACCCGGGGAUCCCCGCCGCCUCGCCCCCUGAGUGCUCCCCGCCGCCGCCUCCGUUCCGCCCGCGUUCUGAGUUCGAGGAGAUGACCAUCCUGUACGACAUCUGGAACGGUGGCAUCGACGACGAGGACGUGCGCUUCCUGUGCGUCACCUACGAGCGGCUGCUGCAGCAGGACAACGGCAUGGACUGGCUCAACGACACGCUCUGGGUCUACCACCCCUCCACCAGCCUCUCUUCAGCAAAGAAGAAGAAACGAGACGAUGGCAUGCGUGAGCAUGUGACAGGCUGUGCACGCAGCGAGGGCUUCUACACCAUUGACAAGAAGGACAAGCUCAGAUACCUCAACAGCAGCCGGGCCAGCACGGACGAGCCGCCUGCUGACACGCAGGGCAUGAGCAUCCCCGCGCAGCCCCACGCCUCCACCCGCGCCGGCUCCGAGCGUCGUUCUGAGCAGCGCCGCUUGUUGUCCUCCUUCACUGGCAGCUGUGACAGCGACCUGCUCAAGUUCAACCAGCUCAAGUUCCGGAAGAAAAAGCUCAAGUUCUGCAAGAGCCACAUUCACGACUGGGGCCUGUUUGCCAUGGAGCCCAUCGCAGCCGAUGAAAUGGUCAUUGAGUACGUGGGCCAGAAUAUCCGCCAGGUGAUUGCGGACAUGCGGGAGAAGCGCUAUGAGGACGAGGGCAUUGGCAGCAGCUACAUGUUCCGGGUCGACCACGACACCAUCAUCGAUGCCACCAAGUGUGGCAACUUCGCGCGGUUCAUCAACCACAGCUGCAACCCCAACUGCUAUGCCAAGGUGAUCACGGUGGAGUCACAGAAGAAGAUUGUGAUCUACUCCAAGCAGCACAUCAAUGUCAACGAGGAGAUCACGUAUGAUUACAAGUUCCCCAUCGAGGAUGUCAAGAUCCCUUGCCUCUGUGGCUCCGAGAACUGCCGGGGGACCCUCAACUAGGACCCGGGUGCCAAAUGCAAAGGAUGUCAGCUGCGCCCGCCUGGGGCUCCGGACGACCCCUCUCCCUGGGCCAGGCCCCACCUCCCGCCCAUUUCAGGUGCUGUCCCUUUUCCCAGCGGCCAUGCCAGGGCCUGGCGCCCCACACUACCCCGGGACCCGCCCGCAGCUCCAGCCCCGCAGUGGGAAAGGGCUUCUGUCUCUCCGCCUGUCUCGUUCAGGACUUUUGUUUAACUUCGACACAAACUUGUCUGUCUGCGUGUGUAACUGUCCGUCGGUCUCCUCUCUUUAUCUGCCUGUCUUCUCUCUGGACUGUCUCCCUCCUCAGCCUCCCUGUGAAUGCUGCUAUGUUGUUCUGUCUUCUCUUUACUUUUCUUCCUUGUCCUAAGAAGAGACAUUUUAACCGCUGAAAUGUGAAGGCAGAAUCAGGGGGAGGGCUGGUGUGGAGAGAGCUGGGGGUGCAGAAGCUGCCGAGUGACCAUGGCCCUCUGGGGGGCCCAGGGCAGGGCUGGCUGUGACCUCAGAACACUAUGUACCUGAAAGGCCCCUCUUUGCCUGUGGACACAGUGAGCAGAGCCCUGGCCCUUCCCGGUGACCACAGUGCCACCCCGCCAGACCAACCCUGCUGGCCAAGCUGUCCCCGGGCAGGGGCUCCCUCCAUGGAUGCACCCUGCUCCCCCCAAAUCCUGGGGUUCAAUGUUUACUUUCUCAUUCGGAUGCCAGCAAUGAGGGAGCCUCCUGGGGUCCCCAGCCUG